AAGCGCUGCAGAGAUUCAUUUGGUUCGCUGGCGCCGGCUUGGGAGGGAUAUAGGCGAACUUAAUCCGGAGGAGUCCAAAAGGGACUAACCCCCCCCCGCCGCUCCCCGCUUUAAUUGGCAUUACUGACCUCCUGUUGUGGAAGCUGGGCUGUCUCCCAUAGCCACGAUGAAGCGGCCUUGCGAGGAAACUACCUCAGACAGCGAUAUGGACGAGACUAUAGACGUAGGGAGUGAAAAUAAUUAUUCUGGGCAUAGUGCCAGUUCUGGGAUCCGAUCAAAUUCUCCUACCACAACAUCACAGAUUAUGGCCAGGAAGAAAAGAAGAGGGAUUAUUGAGAAAAGGCGUCGAGAUCGUAUAAAUAACAGUUUAUCUGAACUGAGGCGGCUUGUGCCAACAGCGUUUGAAAAACAAGGAUCUGCCAAAUUAGAAAAAGCAGAAAUCCUGCAAAUGACAGUCGAUCAUUUGAAGAUGCUCCAGGCGACAGGUGGGAAAGGUUAUUUUGAUGCACAUGCUCUUGCCAUGGAUUUUAUUAGUAUUGGAUUUCGAGAAUGUCUAACUGAAGUUGCAAGAUACUUGAGCUCUGUGGAAGGUCUGGACACAUCUGACCCUCUACGAGUUAGGCUAGUCUCUCAUCUCAGUUCCUGUGCUUCCCAGAGGGAAGCUGCUGCCAUGACCUCCUCUAUGGCACACCAUCACCACCAUCCUUUGCACCCUCACCACUGGGCAGCAGCUUUUCACCAUCUCCCUACAGCUUUACUACAGCAGAACGGACUACAUUCCUCUGACAUCUCUCCUUGCAGACUGUCAACAGCAUCAGAAAUGUCUCCCCACGGAUCUGCUCUACUCACUGCCACUUUUGCUCAUGCUGAUUCCACGCUUAGAGUGCCCUCUACUGGCAGCAUUGCUCCCUGCAUACCACCACUUUCUACCUCUCUUCUCUCCCUCUCUGCCACCGUACAUGCUGCAGCUGCAGCAGCUGCCCAGAGCUUCCCUCUGUCAUUCACUGGGGCAUUCCCAAUGCUUCCACCUAGUGCAGCAGCAGCUGUGGCAGCUGCAACAGCAGUCAGUCCACCAUUGUCUGCAUCUGCAACAUCCAGUUCUCAACAAGCAACCAGUAACGGAAGUAGUAAGCCUUACCGACCCUGGGGAACUGAAGUCGGGGCUUUCUAAAUCUCACCUUUAUAAGCCUUUUUGGGAUGUUUAUCAAGUUACAACAGAUGCUUCUUCGCACAAAAUGUAAUUGUUAACAAGUAAAGUUGCCUUAUGGAUGCCCAGAAACCACAUGGAGAACAGCAAAACUUUUUGGCUUAAAGCGUCAAAAUGAACAUGAGAUAUUUUCUUCUUUGCUGCAUUAGGCAUCAUACAGGACAGUGGUGAUUAUCAAAAUGAUGACUACCAUGUAGGCAUUGUCCAAAAAAAUGUAUAGAUUGUAGAAUGAACCCUCUUGCUAUCUCUUUGUGUUUGCAGAGGGAGGUAUACAUUACUCUUAAAUAGUUUUCAAGAAAGAUGAAUGGAGAAGUGCCUGAUCUCUGCCAAGUGUACACUUUUGUUUCACGGGCAAAUAGAAACACCUCUGAAGAGAAGAAUAUGAAUGGGGAAUGAGAUCCAGAAAGGAAUGUCAUUCUGAAACAGGGUAUACACUAUAAGUCUACAGGCUUCAAACCUUUGGUAUAGUGGGAUUAAAGCAAUUUAACUCUCUACAGGAUUGCCACCUAAAGCAGUAACCAAUUUGAUUUCUGAAGCUUUACACAGCUACUUACCUAGCUCACUGUUUGUACAGAUAUGUCCAGUGGUAAUAGCUAACAUAACAUUAAUAAAAGUGCUGUUCUUUCCAGAACUUGGUUUUAUAAAUUUCCCACUUCAGGCAAUUUUCUUUAAAGCAAGUGGUCCAGAGUUAUGUCUCUCCAAACACUUGUUCCACACCAAGACAUUGCACUUGGAUCUGUUUGUAACUGACGUGUCUGUUAAAACUUAGCAUUCUCUGGCCAGAUACAAACCCUUAGUUCUCCUCUUUGGCAUUUCUUGGGAAUAAAUUUCUUCCUAGUUUUGAAAGAAUAGCUAUAGUGUGGCUAUGUGGACCCUUUUAGCUGACUGUCCCCCCUGCUCCAAUACCUAUGGUGUCAUAUGUCUUAGAUUCACAAAUUAAAUCUCUUAGAGGAUGUAAGUUAUUUUGUCACUAUCUGGACAAGCAGUGCUGCAAAAAAAAUUUUUUUGCUUUUUUAUUAUAGCAACAUGAAAUAGCCUAAGUGUUUUAAUUCAUUGACUCGAGCUAGAGAGUUUGGGAGGGGGAACAGAAUAAAAGCACAGCGUGUAUUAUUAUGCACUUCAUUUCUCUGCUGUGUGGAGAAAGCAAUAAACAUUGAGAAUGUUAAACAUUAUGCAAAGUAUACUUUUAAAAUAUUUGUUUUAAAAAUACUAUUCUUAAAUGGAGGAUUUGUGAAUUAUUUUGUUAACCAUUUUUCUAUGCAAAAAAUCUUUACAUAUCACUAAUUAAAUGAAGUUCCUUUUGACUGAC